GCUUCCGCAUCAACGGCUGCCGCCUCGAUCGCAGCGACGGCCAGGAGCUUCUAGGACGCUUGCGCAGCGACGGCUUCCGGCCCAGCCCAGCGCCCUGGUGUGGCGAUGGCUUUCUUCUGGAGAGCGAGGACGGCGCCUCCCUCAGUUCCUUGCAGCUCUCCGGCGCCGUCUACCUCCAGGAGCUUGCUUCCAUGUUGCCGGUGCAGGUGCUUUGGUCUCAGCUGCCAAAAACUGGCGGCCUGCGCUGCCUGGACCUCUGUGCUGCACCGGGCUCCAAGGCGACGCAGCUUCUCACAUUGCUUCGCCUCCAAGGAAGCCUGAGCUCUCGUUGCCUGCUGGUCGCGAACGAUUCCCAGCCGCAGCGCUCCGAUGUGCUUCGCUGCAACGUCGUUCGGUCAGGUGUGGCCGAGGACUGCCUCAUACUUCAGGAGUCUGGGCAAUGCCUCGGCGACCUCGCACCGGGCUGUUUCGAUGCCGUACUCCUGGAUGCUCCCUGCAGUGCCGAAGGCAAUCUCCGCAGGUAUCCCGAGGAGAACGAGACACCGUGCUGCCGCCUGCUGCAGCACUAUCCCUCCGCAGAGGUUGUCGAUCUCAGGUACGGCCUUGGAAUGGAUGCGACGGGAACAAAGGAUGGGUUUCUGCGAGUGUGGCCACAAGCCUUUGACACGAUGGGCUUCUUCGUGGCCUGCUUCCGGCGACCGCGCGAAGCAGGCCGCCCAGGCAGCCCAGGCCCAGGCUACGACGCAAAGCUGGAGGUGGACUGGCUCCCAGUGCAGGCCGAAGAGCUCCGGCGCAUGCGCGAAGGAGCCGAAUCUGCCGGCGUAGCGUGGCCCCAAACAUCCGAUUCCUCGGAGCGCCUGAUCGUCAGCAAGGACGGAGCAGCCUUCCUGGUGCCUCCAGCCGUGGAGGGCCUCCCGCCGGCCUUGCUCCUCUGCUGUCCUCGCCCUGGCCUCUGCCUGGGACCCAACCAUGCAGAGCUGCGCCUCGCCACGGCGAAGCACCUGGACACCGAGGAGUGGGCAGAGCUGAACGCCUCACAGGGCGGAGGCCUCGGAGCGUUCGGGGCUUUGAUGGACCUCCGUGCCAGAAAAGGAGAUGUGAGAGGAGCAGAAGAAGUUCUUGUGCAGAUCAGGCAGCAGCGGAUGAAGCCGGACUUGAUUUCCUACAAUACACUUCUCAAGGCUUAUGCUGCUAUCAAAGACUGCGAGGGCGCAGUGCGCAUCCUGGCAUCCAUGCGAAACGAUGCAGUCCCGCCUGACAACGUCAGCUUUUCGACGGCCAUGCAGGCAUGUGCGGCGGCAGGAAGAAGCAAAACAGCCGAACAACUCUCAGCAGACCUGCGCAGCGCACGGCUUCAACCAGAUCUGAUGACUUGCACUACUCUUAUUCGCUCUUAUGCUGCUGACUCGCGGCGCACGGACGCAGAGGCACUUCUGCAGCAAAUGAAGCUUGAUGCCUUGCAGCCGGACGUGGCGUGCUACACAGCCUUGAUGGACCUGUAUGCCUCUUUGCGGGAUCGAGUGGCAGCAGAAGGGCUGCUCAACAACAUGUCCGUGGCCCCUAACGUCAUCACCUAUGGG